AGUUUUGUAGUUAAAAAUCUGGCUCCUGUUAGUGACUUAAAUUUGAAAAAUGGAGAAAAUUGAGACUUUUAAAAAAAGGCCCGGAACGAGCGACAAAGGGAGGGAUUAUGAAGAUGUGGUUCUCGCCAAUGUCGUACUUAGACUGUUAAACGACCCCAGAGUAAAAACGUUCCAAAUUUCAUCAAACGAGAAUGAUUUUGGGGCGUUUGAUGAUCUGGUUAUUAAACUUGCAUUGGAUAAGGGGAACGACAUUCAGGUUAAAGCCGUACAGCUAAAACACACCGAAAGGAAAGGACUCUCUCUAGAAAAUCUGCGAGCCGUAAAAGGAGACUUCAGUAUUAGAAAAUACCAUGAAAGUUACACAAAAAUUGAGCAAAAAGUAGAUGAAUUAAUUUUGUUCACAAACCGCCCGUUUAACCCUCCCGACAACGCAACAUUCCAACUUGACGGCGAAGAAUUUUACGUCAAGCUUAUUAAAAGAGAAGUUAGCUCAGACAUUUCAGAAAAUGUUAGUCACGUUUAUCAGUUUGAAAUAGUACAUGAUCAAUCGACAGUGGAAAAGAAUCCUAGAAUUCAAGAAUAUCAGGAAUUUUUUCGCAAGUUUUUUCUCUAUACCGACCAAGAAAAUUGUGAUACUCUGGAAAAAAUAACCGCUAACAAAUUCAAGACAACGUAUUGUUCAGAUGACGAAACAUUCGGUAAAUUCCUGAAAACAGUUUCUAAAUGGAACGCCCAAGAUGGGAAUAAAGAAAAGAUAGAUAAAAAGUGGACGCAGCUGGUACUUGCGCUGCACCUUCUGUCCUCUCAUACUGAGUCUCUAUCUUUCGGUCCAGUUAAUGACAAAAUGAAAAUUUUCAGGGAAGCGAUUUCCGUCUUUGAUGUCACACUGAUUGAAGACAAAUCAGUCGAAACAGUUAAGCAACUGUGGGGUGAUGUUGGAAAGGAAAAAACUAUUGACUUUAAGAAAUUAAAUAAAGUUAGAAGGAGAUAUCUACCUACUCUCGGAUAUAUUAAUGACACCGACAUCGGCGCCAUAGAUCCCAAGGCGUUCACUCAACUUUUGUGGGUAAUGGACGAAUGUCCAUUAAUUUUACGUGCAUGGGAAAAUAUGAAAAAUAUAAUACAGCUGUGUCCCGACAAAAAAUUCGUUUUGGUUGGCGGAACUAAAGAUGCAGAAUGGGUGCAAAAGUAUUCCGUCUUCCAAAAUCUGUCAGACUUGAAUCCGAAACCCGAAAUUCGUAAAAAUGUAAUGCAAAAUUUUUCCAUUUCGAUUCAGGGAAAGGGCGAACUCGAUCUUGUAACAUCGUUUGGCAAUAGCGAAGAUUUUUUCCAAAAUAUUACAACUGAUAAUCUAUCUGAAAUGCUGAACGGUCCAUGCCGUGUAGGAGGAGUAAAGGAAACACUACCUGAACCGUACAUUGAACGGUAUAUUUCGCGAAAUGUCGUCGAUAAUACAUAUUUAGAAAAAACUCACCAAAACACAAUUAUUAUUUUAAAUUGCGCCAAUAAUUUAGACAAGGUUAAAAGCAAACUCGAGAAAUGUGAAUUAAUUGACAUUAAUAACUUCUUACUGAAACACAAUCAGAGUGGCGAAAAUGUAACAAAUAAUGACUUUAACGUUAAUGAACUGAACUUUAAUAACAGAAAUUACUUAGAUAAGGGGAAAAAAAUUGGGUUACAUUCUAAUUUAAACAACAACAAAUAUAAUUUUAGCUCUGAUAUAUCCAGUUUUGCCAACAUAGUUUACGUUGGUACCAGACACUAUAAUGAUUCUGAACUUCAACAAAUUUAUAACGAGCACAAACAAACAAAACAAUUUCACUAUUUUAAAAUUUUGAAUGAUGGAAAGUUAGAAUGGUUAUCUAGCAAAGGUGAUGUUAGUGAUGUAGAGGCUUACAAAUUGCCCGACGAACAUCCUACCGAAGAAAAUGCCUUGUGGUCUUCUCGGUUAGACUAUAACAUCAAUCUUAUAAUUGGAGAUCCGGGAAUGGGUAAAACCAAGCUAGUGAAGAGCUUAAAAAAUAAAUGUUCGCGCGAAUAUUGGACAGUGUUAAUUAGUCCCAAGGAUGUUAAUUUAUUUUUUCGCAAUUCCGAUUUAUGUAAAACGAAAAAUUGUUCAGAUUUAUUUACAGAAUUUAUCACAAAUAAAAAAUACGUGUCGCUCGAAAAACUAGAUCGAAUGUUUUUCGAAAUGUGCAUAAAGAAAAACAACGUAAUUUACGUGUGGGACGCACUCGAUGAAAUUCUAAAUGACAAUUUAGAUGGCGCUUUAAAUAUAAUUCUCGAUCUUUCAAUAAAAGGGUUCCCUCAGUGGGUUACUAGCAGACGGCAUUUGAAAACCACUCUAGAAAAAAAAUUCAAUUUGUUCUCACUUGGUAUAAAUCAAUUUAACGAACGAGAACAAGAAAAAUAUAUCAGAAAACGUCUAAAAUUUUUUAAUUCAGAAACCUGCAUUGACGUAACGCUCGAAAAAAUCAAAUCGUCUUUUGCCAUUAUAGAACACAUAGAUAUACUAGGUAUCCCUCUGCAAAUAUUCAUGCUUACCGAACUGUUCCGUGAAAAUAGCGAAAAAUAUUUAAAACUUAUGGACAACACAUUCGUCUUGACUGACCUUUACGAAUAUUUUAUUCACGAAAAAUUUAAUAAAUUUUACAAAGACAAAAUUGGAUACGAUUUAAGAAAUCCCCAAAUGGAAGUUAUAGUCUGUGAAAAAAAACGAAAGGCUGCAGAAUAUUACGAACGUGUGUCCUUUAGAGUAAUAUUUAACGAAGAAAUUAUGCAGCGACUGAAUAUUGAUUACGAAAAAUGUGUACAAAAACUUUUCCGAAAUUAUGCCUCUCUGGGUCUUGUAAAUGACUUUCAAAAUGAUAUUCCACGUUUUGUGCACAGUUCGUUCGCAGAGUAUCUAGUUGCUAGAUACUUUUCAAACAAUAUUAAUAACUCUAAAGGUUUCAUUUCGGACAUAUUAUUCGACGCGAGGUAUAACAACGUUCGCUUUUUUUUUGACAUGUUGUUAGCCAAAAACUCAAAAGGUCACAUUGCCGUAUUGUAUAAACGUUACGAGUUACUUAAAUCGUACGACGACGAAAUUUUAAAACGCAAAGAUAUAUGUGGCAGAAGCGCUUUACAUUUGAUUUCGUCAUGGGGGCAAAGACAUCCGCGUGUAAAAGUAACGCUUGUAAAAGACAACUGUAUUGUGCACGAAAAUCUCAAUUUCGAUAAAAAAGCGGAAACGAAAAUAUACUUUGAAACGAUGGCGUAUUUGCAACGAAAGAUCGAUGCUGGCGAACGCGAUAUGUUGUUAGAUGCGACUCCUUUGACUUAUGCCCGCAAAAGUGAGAGCCUAGGGGCACAAAUACAAUUACUUCAAACAAAAAAACAUGAAUUGAGACAAUCUCCUGAUGAUAUAAUUAAUGUUAUAUAUUAUUCAGCUUUACUGGGUUACGAUGACAUGUGUAAAUACCUCACAGUGGAAGAGUUGAAAUAUUUUUGGUGCGAAGUGAAAAUUGUUACCACAGAAUAUGGUGCAACACCACUGUGGCUGGCCUGUCAAAACGGUAAUUUAAAAAUCAUUGACUAUUUCGUCAGAUCUGGUGUUGACAUUAAUUGUGUUAGUACAUUCGGAGAGACACCACUUUUCAUGGCUUCACAAAAUGGUCACGAAAAAGUUGUCGAAUACUUGGCGACAGUCGGCGCCGAAAUCAAUCGCGCUCAGAAAGACGGUGCGACACCACUUUACGUAGCUUCACACCAAGGUCACGAAAAAGUUGUCGAAUACUUGGUGACAGUCGGCGCCGAAAUCAAUGGCGCUCAGAAUAACGGUCCAACACCACUUCACAUAGCUUCCUUCAAAGGUCACGAAAAAGUAGUGGAAUACUUGGUGACAGUCGGUGCCGAAAUCAAUUGCGUUCAAGAAAGCGGUGCGACACCACUUCUCGUAGCUUCACACCAAGGUCACGAAAAAGUUGUCGAAUACUUGGUGACAGUCGGCGCCGAAAUCAAUCGCGCUCAGAAUGACGGUGCGACACCACUUUACGUAGCUUCACUAAACGGUCACCAAAAAGUUGUCGAAUACUUGGUGACAGUCGGCGCCGAAAUCAAUCGCGCUGAUAAUAACGGUGCGACACCACUUUACAUAGCUUCAAGAAACGGCCACGAAAAAGUAGUGGAAUACUUGGUGACAGUCGGUGCCGAAAUCAAUUUCGUUGAAGAAAGCGGUACGACACCACUUCUCGUAGCUUCACACCAAGGUCACGAAAAAGUUGUCGAAUACUUGGUGACAGUCGGCGCCGAAAUCAAUCGCGCUCAGAAUGACGGUCGAACACCACUUUACGUAGCUUCACAAAACGGUCACCAAAAAGUUGUCGAAUACUUGGUGACAGUCGGCGCCGAAAUCAAUCGCGCUAUUAAUGACGGUUGGACUCCACUUCACAUUUCUUCACAAAAAGGUCACCAAAAAGUUGUCGAAUACUUGGUGACAGUCGGCGCCGAAAUCAAUGGCGCUCAGAAUAACGGUCGAACACCACUUCACAUAGCUUCCUUCAACGGUCACGAAAAAGUAGUGGAAUACUUGGUGACAGUCGGUGCCGAAAUCAAUUGCGUUGAAGAAAACGGUGCGACACCACUUCUCGUAGCUUCACACCAAGGUCACGAAAAAGUAGUGGAAUACUUGGUGACAGUCGGCGCCGAAAUCAAUCGCGCUCAGAAUGACGGUGAGACACCACUUUUCGUAGCUUCACAAAAGGGUCACAAAAAAGUUGUCGAGUACUUGGCGACAGUCGGCGCCGAAAUCAAUCGCGCUGAGAAUGACGGUUGGACACCACUUCACAUUGCUUCACAAAACGGUCACGAAAAAGUUGUCGAAUACUUGGUGACAGUCGGCGCCGAAAUCAAUCGCGCUAUUAAUAACGGUGCGACACCACUUCACAUUGCUUCACAAAACGGUCACGAAAAAGUUGUCGAAUACUUGGCGACAGUCGGCGCCGAAAUCAAUCGCGCUGAGAAUGACGGUUGGACACCACUUCACAUUGCUUCACAAAACGGUCACGAAAAAGUUGUCGAAUGCUUGGUGACAGUCGGCGCCGAAAUCAAUCGCGCUGUUAAUAACGUUUGGACUCCACUUCACAUUGCUUCACAAAACGGUCACGAAAAAGUUGUCGAAUACUUGGUGACAGUCGGCGCCGAAAUCAAUCGCGCUAUUAAUGACGGUUGGACUCCACUUCACAGUGCUUCACAAAACGGUCACGAAAAAAUUGUCGAGUACUUGGCGACAGUCGGUGCCGAAAUCAAUCGCGCUGAAAAAACCGGUGGGACACCACUUUACAUAGCGUCACAAAACGGUCACGAAAAAGUUGUCGAAUACUUGGCGACAGUCGGCGCCGAAAUCAAUCGCGCUGAGAAUGACGGUUGCACACCACUUCACAUUGCUUCACAAAAAGGUCACGAAAAAGUUGUCGAGUACUUGGCGACAGUCGGCGCCGAAAUCAAUCGCGCUGAGAAUGACGGUUGGACUCCACUUCACGUUGCUUCAAAAAACAGUCACGAAAAAGUUGUCGAAUACUUGGCGACAGUCGGCGCCGAAAUCAAUUGUGUUGCAAAUGACGGCUGGACACCACUUCACUUAGCUUCACAUAAUGGCCACGAAAAAGUUGUCGAAUGCUUGGUAACAGUCGGCGCCGAAAUCAAUCGCGGUGAGAAUGACGGUUGGACACCACUUCACAUUGCUUCACAAAACGGUCACGAAAAAGUUGUCGAAUACUUGGUGACAGUCGGCGCCGAAAUCAAUCGCGCUCAGAAUGACGGUUGCACACCACUUCACAUAGCUUCACAAAACGGUCACGAAAAAAUUGUCGAGUACUUGGCGACAGUCGGUGCCGAAAUCAAUCGCGCUGAUAAUUACGGUUGGACACCACUUGACGUGGCUUCCGUAAAAUCUUACAAAAAUAUUGUAGAAUGUUUAACAAGAGCCGGCGCUCAAACCGGGCACCAUUCCUUUACAAGUUACAAGGAAACGUAAUAACAAAAACUUUCCCAAACCAUCCAAAUGCAGCGUAAUUGUAGUAAGCAGAAUGUGCUUGUUUGAGAAUCGUGUCUGAUUAUAACGAACGAGGCAUGAAGAACAAUGUUCAAAAAACUAACCUAGUUAUAUUCCAAGGAAUCCGAAGAAAAAUUGCAGUUUAUUCCGAGGAUUUUAAUUAAUUUAAAUAAUAAUUUAAAGUUUGUAAAUUGUUAUCGUACCUAUAUAAUAAUUUGUGUAUGUUUUAUUUUGAAAGCAGAUAUUAAUGUUGUGAAAAUUUUAUUUACUAACAUUAUGUAGGUAUAACACGCAGAAAAGCUAAAUUUGUGAAAUGUCAAAAUAGUGUAGACAGAGUCGAUGUGCAUACAAAAUAUUAAUUAAUUAACAGAAUACCAUGCACAUAUGACCUGUAAUAUUAAGUUCUUGUGGAAAAAUAUUUUAACAUAUUUGGUUUGAAUUUGAACAUGGUCUGAGAUAGCUCGCCAUAGCACUAUUACAAAUAAGUAUUUGCACCAUAUCAAACGUAACUUUUACCCGGACAAAUGUAUUCACCCAUUCCAGUAUCCUUGAUUAUAAGUUGCGGCGUUAACUGUAAAAUAAAACGUUAUAUUCUUCUUACACUUGUUGAAAACUCUUCUACAUCACUUCAUCCCCUCAGCUUAGUCGUCUGGUCACGAGUGAUUACAAAAUAUUCCAUUAUUUGUAACUCCAAUAAAAAUUGUAUACCUACGAAAAAUGUUAAAUUUAAAUGAAUUUUAAUUUUUGAUUUUAAACAAAAAGCAUGGAACAGUUAUUAAUGUCACUUACAACCGCCGAUAAAACAAAAUUUUUGUAAAAAACAUACAUAACAAUUGUGUUUUGUCUAUUAUUGAAUAAAAAGAACGCGAUGCAUGGUACCGUUUAGUAUUUCUAUUAUCUACAAAUUUGCUGAAUCGAUUUGUAAGAAAUUUGAAGAGAAGGAUACCACAACUAAGAAAUGGAAAUAUUUUUAGGACACUUUAGAUUACGGUUGCAAAGGAAUAAUUCAGUUUAUUUAUAUCGUCUACGUUUGUUGGUAUAUAGGCUCCAUUACGAAAUCCAACACAAUGAUGCGAAGUAACGAAGCAUUCUAACAAAAUUGGGUGUUUUAAUCGGAAUUGUUGAUAACAUCUUACAAAUAUAUCAAGAGGACAAGAACUAAUGAUUCGAUAAACUGACGUAAGAAUUGAAAUGAUUCCAUGGAGCAACGUUCGAAUACAUGAGUAAAAUUUCCAAAAUGGGACAAUAUUUUCGAGGAUUCUUUAUUAUGUACAAAUUACAGGAAAGUGACCAAGUACUUAGUAGCUUUAGCAAUUAGCAUACCAAUUUUAAGCAAUCACCGAAAUUUCUCAGGGAGUUCAUAAACAUCCUGUAUUCUAUAAAAACUUAUGGCCUACGAGGUUUUUAUUCGCAAAAAUGUAAUACGCCUUCCUUUGUGUUCUACAAAAUCUAUGACACGGGUUUGUGAAGGAAACAUGGUCUCAACAGAGUUUGGACGAUUAUUUCUUCGUCCCAAAAAAUGAAAUAAUUCUAUAAGGUAAAUUUUAGAAGAGGACAACAGCUACAAAUGGUUUUUGAUGUAUUUUUGGACCGUGACAAGCGCACAACGUAAAGUUUGAGCCUUGGUCUAGACAAAUUUUCUGAUGAAAAGUUGGAAAGGAUCACCAAGAUAAUACAUGAUUUUUCUCCUGAAACUUAACAAUGGUUUCUCAACAUAAUUGUCUUCCAAAAAUAAAUUGGCAGAGGAGUCGAAGGAAAAUCAAGAGUCAAAACGCCACAUCAGUGUAAUCCAGAAGAAAAUCAAAUUUGUAAACAAAAGUGUCUCACGUUUAUAUAAAAAAAAUAUAUCUCUUAAGUUAGUGGUAUACUUAUCUUAAAAACCAUCUUCAAAACAUAUCUGUUUUUAAUAUAUGUAGUUACAUUUGUCCAAUUUCUAAUUUUUGUAACAACCAAACUGGCAUGUUUAUUAAAUUUAUUAUAAUUAA